CACAACUUGGGAACUUGGGCUGCCUCCGCGGCAAAGACGCCUGUUCGGGCAACCUGACGAGCCCACACUAGUAAAGCCUGACGAGAACGCUAGGCUGCAGGGCCAAAAGCUAAGCUAAAACUGGGCUGCAUUUGCAGGCGAAGCUUCCGGCCCUUCCAGGAUGGCCGACCUCUUCAACAGCGACAGCGACAGCGACAUCGAGCCGGCGAGCGCCGAGGCGCGCGGCGCGGUCCUCGACCGGCUCCGGAGGCAGGCGGACGAGACGUUCGCGCGCGGCCCCGUCGUGGGCCCGACGGCCAUCGAGCUCCACUGGCGCCGCGUCGGCCGCGCGUUCGCCGAGGUGACGCUGUCGCUCGCGAGCGCCGGGUCCUACACGCUGCGCUGGUCGGUGCCGGGCGUCGCGACGCCGCCGCAGACGGCGACGGGCCGCUGGCGGCGGGACGGGAGCGCGCUGACGCUGGCGCCCUGCGUCGACGAGCUCUCCGCGUACGAGUGGCUCGACGACGGCAAGCUCGUCGUGACCGUCGACGGCGAGGCCCACGUGUCGCUGCCGCCGCGGCACGUCGUGAAGGGGCCGUGACUAAGACCAAAA